GCAUUUUGGCGGCUUGGUUGAGGCAUGGGCGACAUUUUUGGAUCACUCGAACUGUGAAAAUGCCGCCAAAGAAGAAGGAAGAAGCCCCCAAGGUGUACUUGGGCCGUCCCACGAACAACGUGAAGAUCGGCAUCGUUGGCUUGCCCAACGUGGGCAAGUCGACGUUCUUCAACACCGUGUCCAAGCUCAACAUCCCCGCCGAGAACUUUCCCUUUUGCACCAUCGAACCGAACCAGGCCAUCAUCCCGGUGCCCGACCAGCGCUUCACGUGGCUGUGCGACAAGUACAAGCCCGCGUCGGAAGUCCCGCCGGUGCUCGCAAUCACAGACAUUGCCGGGUUGGUCAAAGGUGCCGCCGAGGGUGCCGGGCUCGGGAACGCGUUUUUGUCGCACAUCCAGGCCGUAGACGCCGUGUACCACAUGGUCCGCGCGUUCGACUCGAAGGACGUGACCCACGUCGAAGGCAACGUCGACCCCGUGCGCGACAUGGAGAUCAUCUUGCACGAACUCCGUUUGAAGGACAUUGAGCGCGUGGGUAAGCAGGCCGACGGCAUGCGCAAGAACGUCGAACGCGGGUUGGGCGGCAAGGAGAAGAAGAUGGAGUACGAAGCGUACCUGAAGGUGCUCGAGUGGCUUGAGGCCGGCAAGGACGUGUCGUUCGGGCAGUGGAGUGCGUUCGAAGUGGAUGUGCUCAACACGCUGCAGCUUCUCACGGCCAAGCCCGUGGUGUUCCUCGUCAACGUGAGCAAGAAGGAUUACCUCCGCAAAGGCAACAAGUACCUCCCCGCGAUCGCUGAGUUUGUCGCGGCGCGCGGCGGCAAUGAAACCGUGUUGCCCAUCUCUUGCGAGUUUGAAAUGGAGAUGAUGGACCUCGACAUUUCCGGCCAAGGCGACGCCUACCGCCAAGCCAACCCCACGCACAAGAGCGUGCUGAACCGGAUCAUUCGCCUCGGGUACCACUCGCUGGGGCUGAUUCACUUUUUCACGGCCGGAAAGGACGAAGUCCGCGGGUGGACGCUGCGCAAGGGCCGCAAGGCGCCGCAAGCGGCCGGUGUGAUCCACACGGACUUUGAAAAGGGGUUCAUCAUGGCCGAAGUGCAGUCGUUUGCCGACCUCAAAGAAUAUGGAUCGGAAGAAGCGGUCAAGAAAGCCGGCAAGCUGAAGCAACAAGGCAAAAACUACGAAAUUGAAGACGGCGACAUCAUUUACUUCAAGUUUAACAACUAAAAUGCCGCAAAAGCCGUCAUGUAUAACGUUUUUUGCAAUCGACACAUGAUCGUUGCUGGAGUAUAUGUUGUACGCACACUGUGUUCCUCGUGUAUAUAAGAGCAUCCCCACCGGCUGGUGAAGAAAUGUAAAAAUCGUCAAAAUACAUCACUACGUCAGCAAAAUGUAUAGUUUUCAG